AUGGAUGCCACUCACACAAUGUUUUGUAACAAUGAUUUGGUUAACCCUCUAAGCUCAAUGGGCAUGCAAGUGUCAUGCAUUCUUGUUGUGUCACACUUCUUCAACGUUGUGCUUAGGACUGUGGGUCAACCUGGACCCAUUGCACAAAUUCUGGCUGGGUUGGUGCUAGGUCCAAUGUCACAUAUUAAGCACAUAAAAGAAACAUUCUUUCCUGCCAGUUCAAUUAAUUAUUAUGAAGUUGUGAGCUUUUUCUGUCGCAUACAUUUCAUGUUUUUAUUUGGUUUAGAAAUGAAUUUUCACUACAUCAUACGCAAUCUACGUAUGGUUAGCUUAGUAGCUUGUGGUGGUGCAAUAAUGGGUGGCGUUUUUGGUCUAUCUAUCUCCUUUUAUUUAUAUAAACCAAUGAAAACCCUUGACAAUGCUCCCUUGUAUUAUUUUUGUAUGAUCAUUAUGCUAGUGGUAUCAUACACAAGCUCCCCUAUGGUUAUUCGUUUGACAGCAGAGUUGAGAUUUGCAGCAUCAAAUGUUGGGCGAAUAGCAGUGUCUUCUGCAUUGAUCACAGAAAUGGGGUGUUUGUUGUUCUUUAAUGUGAUGGUUAACUGGAAAAGGAAAAAUCACAUUCCUGCUGGUCUUGGCUGCAUUACAAUUACUACCUUGGUAGUUUUUAUAAACAGGUACUUGGCUGUUUGGUUAAAUGCAAGAAAUCAAAAUCAGAAGUACCUCAAAGCUCCUGAGUUGUUACUCAUCCUAUUUUUGCUCCUAAGUAGCUCAAUGAUAAUAGAAAUUUGGGGUUACAACAGUAUUAUUAGUUGUUUUAUCAUUGGCCUAUUUUUCCCUAAGGAAGGAAAAACAGCUAGAACAUUACUGCAUAAACUUGGUUAUUCUAUUUACAACUUUGUACUUCCAGUAUACUUUGGGUAUUUGGGUUUACAAUGUGACUUAAUAAAUAUCUUCAAGGAUUGGGGGCGAGCGGGAAACACAGCCAUAUUGAUUUUGUUGAGCAUUGGAAGCAAGCUUGGUGGCACUCUUAUAGUUUGUCGUUACCUUCAAAUUCCCACAAGUGAAGGAAUUUUUCUUGGCUUCAUAUUAAACACUAGAGGCUAUGCUGAUCUCCUAUUUUUUGGUGCAGCCUCAAAGCAAAUAAUUGUUAAAGCUUACAAUGUGUUGUUAGUAUCGGUAGUACUCAACACAAUAAUAUCAGGGAUAAUUGUGGCUUUUCUAGCAAGAGGGGAAGAGAAAAUGUUUGCAAACAACCACACUGCAAUUGAACCACAACAAAUGGAGGAUGAGCUUCGAAUUUUGGCUUGUGUAUAUGAUCCUCGUCAAGUAUCUGCCAUACUAGCCACGGUAUUGGCAAUACAUGGGUCUAAAACAUCAGCAUCUACCACUUAUUUGAUACACCUAAUAGAGCUUGUGAAGAAGAUAAAGUCUAACCUAUUAUACCAUGAAAAAGAAAAUGAAGACCUAAGUGACGAUGAAGACUAUGGUGGGAAUGAUGUGGUGGAAAUCAACAAUGCUUUGGAUGCCUUCACAACAGACACAAAGAUUCUUGUCCACCAAAGAAGAGCUGUGUCCACUUUCCCAAGUUUGUAUGAAGAUGUUUGCAAUGAAGCAGAAGAUCUUCAAGUUUCUGUCAUUCUAAUUCCCUUCCAUAAGCAUCAACGAAUUGAUGGAAAAUUGGAAAGUGGGAAAGAAGGCAUAAGGAUCACUAAUCAGAAGGUGCUUAGACAUGCCCCUUGUUCUGUUGGUGUCAUUGUAGAAAGAGGACUUGCUAGGGUCCCUGGCUUCUCACAACUAGUUUCAUCUGACAACAUACACAAUGUUGCAACACUUUUCUUUGGUGGCCCUGAUGAUCGUGAGGCUAUUGCUUGGAGCCUACGCAUUUCAGGAAGUCCUAGAAUUAACUUGACAAUAAUAAGGUUUCUGUUGACUUCUUCAUCAUCGAAUGAACAGAUUGAAAGUGGAGAAUCUGAGGACAAGGAAAUUUUGAUGUCUUUGUCUGGUGAAGAGACUGUGAAUGAAAUUGACAACACCUUCAUGGUUGAUUUCUACAACAGGUAUGUGACUUCUGGUCAAAUUGGGUAUGUUGAAAAGUUUGUGAGGGAUGGAGCACAAACAGUGGAGUCUUUGAAAGAGAUAGGGGACAUGUACUCUUUAUUUAUAGUAGGAAAGGGUGGUAGGGGACAAAGUUCAUUAACAAUUGGUAUGAGUGACUGGGAAGAGUGUCCAGAACUUGGAACAGUUGGUGAUGUCUUGGCUUCUUCUGACUUUGAUAUUCAUGGGUCAGUUUUGAUUGUUCAACAACACAGAGAUGCCAAGAAAGGCCUAUUGCAUGAUUAA